UUUCAGGUUUCUCAUUGCAGGGAUCACUGAUUGAGAAAUAGAUGGCUUUGCCUCGCCUCACAGGAGCCUUGCGCUCCUUUUCAAAUGUUACCAAGCAAGAUAAUUAUAGUGAAGAAGUGGCUGACUUAAAGCUAAAGCGAUCCAAACUUCAUGAACAAGUUUUAGAUUUGGGACCGACAUGGAAGAAUAUAGUAAAAUUUUUGAAUGAAAACCUGGAGAAGAGUGAAAUGCAAAGUAUAAAUGAAGACUUAAAAGAUAUAUUAGAAGCUGCAAAACAAAUAGUUGGAACAGAUAAUGGGAGAGAAGCAAUUGAAAGUGGGGCUGCAUUUCUGUUUAUGACAUUUCACUUGACGGAUUCUGUUGGUCACAUGGAGACAAAGGCUAUCAAACAGAUGUUUGGUCCCUUUCCAUCAUCAUCUGCUACUACAGCUUGUAAUGCCACUAAUCGAAUCAUUUCUCAUUUUAAUCAAGAUGAUCUUACUGCUCUUGUCCAGAAGACAGAAAAGGAAUCUAGUGAUACAGCAUUUUUUGGUAAAAAUUUAGCAUUUUCAUUUGACAUGCAUGAUCUGGACCACUUUGACGAACUGCCAAUAAAUGGUGAAGCCCAGAAAACUAUAAGCCUAGAUUACAGAAAGUUUCUGAAUGAACAUUUUCAGGAGCAUUCCACCGCAGAGCUCAAGCCUGUGGAAAAAACAAAUGGCUCCUUUUUGUGGUGUGAAGUUGAAAAGUACUUAAAUGCAACUUUGAAGGAAAUGACUGAAGCACCAAGAAUAGAAGAUCUUUGCUGUACUUUAUAUGACAUGCUUGCUUCCGUUAAAAGUGGUGACGAACUUCAGGAUGAGUUAUUUGAAUUGCUUGGACCUGAAGGACUUGAUCUUAUUGAGAAACUUCUCCAGAACAGAAUUACAAUUGUGGAUCGAUUUCUUAAUUCUUCAAAUGAUCAUAAGAUUCAAGCUCUUCAAGACAAUUGCAAAAAAGUUCUAGGAGAGAAUACCAAACCUAAUUAUGGUUGUCAAGUCACUAUUCAGUCCGAACAAGAAAAGCAGUUAAUGAAACAAUAUCGACGUGAAGAAAAACGAAUUGCCAGACGAGAAAAAAAGACUGGAGAAGAUGGAGAAGUUUCUGGAGAAGGACUUAUGGGCUUUGAUCCUAAGGAACUGCGGAUACACAGAGAGCAGGCACUUCUGAAUGCUAGAAGUGUUCCAAUUCUCAGCAGGCAGAGAGACAUGGACAUUGAAAAAAUUCAUUAUCCCCAUGUUUAUGAUUCCCAGGCUGAAGCCAGGAAAACAUCAGCAUUCAUUGCUGGUGCAAAGAUGAUUUUACCAGAAGGAAUCCAAAGAGAGAAUAACAAGCUUUAUGAAGAAGUAAGGAUUCCCUAUAGUGAACCAAUGCCAAUUGGCUUAGAGGAGAAGCCAGUUUAUAUCCAAGACUUAGAUGAGAUUGGACAGUUGGCUUUUAAAGGAAUGAGGAGACUUAACAGAAUUCAGUCAAUAGUAUUUGAGACUGCCUACAACACCAAUGAGAACAUGUUGAUUUGUGCCCCUACUGGAGCUGGAAAGACCAAUAUUGCAAUGCUUACAGUCUUGCAUGAAAUUCGCCAACAUUUUCAACAAGGUGUUAUCAAAAAGAAUGAAUUUAAGAUUGUAUAUGUUGCUCCAAUGAAAGCCUUGGCAGCUGAAAUGACAAAUUACUUCAGCAAACGUCUAGAGCCACUGGGUAUCAUUGUGAAAGAAUUGACUGGUGAUAUGCAGUUGUCAAAAAAUGAAAUUUUACGAACUCAGAUGCUUGUUACCACACCAGAAAAAUGGGAUGUAGUGACAAGAAAGAGUGUUGGGGAUGUUGCUCUUUCCCAAAUUGUAAAACUCCUUAUUCUUGAUGAAGUUCAUUUGCUGCAUGAAGAUAGAGGACCAGUAUUAGAAAGCAUAGUUGCACGUACUUUACGGCAGGUUGAAUCCACACAGAGUAUGAUAAGAAUACUUGGACUGUCUGCAACCUUACCCAACUACCUUGAUGUUGCGACAUUUUUACAUGUUAAUCCCUACAUUGGACUUUUCUACUUUGAUGGCCGUUUUCGUCCAGUACCUCUUGGACAGACGUUUUUGGGGAUUAAAAGUGCAAAUAAGAUGCAGCAGUUGAAUAACAUGGAUGAAGUAUGCUAUGAAAGUGUUUUAAAGCAAGUAAAAGCUGGACACCAGGUGAUGGUAUUUGUACAUGCUCGAAAUGCCACUGUAAGAACAGCUAUGUCUCUUAUAGAAAGAGCAAAAAAUUGUGGCCAGAUAUCCUGCUUUUUACCUACCCAAGGACCUGAAUAUGGACAUGCAGAAAAACAGGAAUGGAAAAAGCAAGGAGGGCAGAUAGGUGUGGAAGGCAAACUCUCCGACAUCAGAAAACAGUGGGACAUUGAAGGAAAGUGUGGUGAAGGGAAAAUAUAUGCUGCCAAAAGUGGCGCCUUUAUUGACCUUGGAAUUUUAGAUGUCAUGCAGAUAUUUGGCCGAGCUGGACAACCACAAUUUAACAAAUUUGGGGAAGGAGUCAUUAUAACAACACAUGAUAAACUCAGCCAUUACCUCACUCUGCUCACUGAACAAAACCCAAUUGAGAGUCAGUUUCUGGAAAGUCUUGCAGAUAACCUAAAUGCAGAGAUUGCUCUGGGAACAGUCACAAACGUGGAAGAAGCAGUGAAGUGGAUAAGUUACACUUACCUUUAUGUACGGAUGAGAGCAAAUCCAUUAGUGUAUGGCAUCAGUCACAAAGCUUAUCAGAUUGACCCAACAUUAAGAAAGCAUCGAGAACAGUUAGUCAUUGAAGUUGGACGAAAACUAGACAAAGCUCAGAUGAUUCGUUUUGAAGAGAGAACUGGUUAUUUUUCCUCAACGGAUUUGGGUAGAACCGCCAGCCACUAUUAUAUUAAAUACAAUACCAUUGAGACCUUUAAUGAACUCUUCGAUGCUCACAAAACAGAAGGUGACAUAUUUGCGAUAGUCUCCAAAGCCGAAGAAUUUGAUCAGAUCAAGGUCAGAGAAGAAGAAAUAGAGGAGUUAGAUGCUCUAUUAAACAAUUUUUGUGAACUCUCAGCUCCUGGAGGUGUAGAAAAUAGUUAUGGGAAAAUAAACAUCUUACUUCAAACUUACAUCAGCCGAGGAGAGAUGGAUAGUUUCUCCCUUAUAUCAGAUUCUGCAUAUGUUGCACAGAAUGCAGCUAGAAUCGUUCGUGCCCUUUUUGAAAUUGCUCUGAGGAAACGUUGGCCUACCAUGACCUACAGGCUCCUGAAUCUUAGUAAAGUCAUCGACAAGAGGCUUUGGGGUUGGGCUAGCCCUUUGAGACAAUUUUCAGUGUUACCACCACACAUUCUAACAAGAUUAGAAGAAAAAAAUCUUACUGUAGAUAAGCUGAAAGAUAUGAGGAAAGAUGAAAUAGGUCACAUUUUGCAUCAUGUGAAUAUUGGACUGAAGGUCAAACAAUGUGUGCAUCAGAUUCCUUCUGUUAUGAUGGAAGCAUCCAUUCAGCCUAUCACACGGACUGUCCUCCGAGUGACACUCAGCAUCUACCCUGAUUUCACAUGGAAUGAUCAGGUCCAUGGGACAGUAGGAGAACCCUGGUGGAUUUGGGUGGAAGAUCCUACAAAUGAUCAUAUUUAUCAUUCAGAGUAUUUUCUAGCUCUUAAAAAACAGGUCAUUAGUAAAGAAGCUCAACUACUGGUAUUUACAAUCCCUAUUUUUGAACCUUUGCCUUCCCAAUACUAUAUCCGAGCAGUUUCUGAUAGAUGGUUAGGAGCCGAGGCUGUUUGUAUUAUCAACUUCCAACAUCUGAUUCUACCAGAGAGGCAUCCGCCCCAUACAGAAUUACUGGAUCUUCAGCCUUUGCCAAUUACGGCUUUGGGAUGUAAAGCAUAUGAAGCCCUGUACAACUUCAGCCACUUUAACCCUGUGCAGACACAAAUAUUUCAUACACUGUAUCACACAGACUGUAAUGUCCUACUUGGAGCACCCACAGGAUCAGGAAAGACUGUUGCAGCUGAAUUAGCUAUUUUCAGAGUCUUCAACAAGUAUCCCUCCUCAAAGGCAGUUUAUAUUGCACCCCUAAAAGCCCUAGUUCGUGAAAGAAUGGAUGACUGGAAGGUUAGAAUAGAAGAAAAACUUGGUAAAAAAGUUAUUGAACUAACAGGGGAUGUGAGUCCUGAUAUGAAAUCCAUUGCCCAGGCUGACCUUAUUGUCACUACACCAGAAAAGUGGGAUGGAGUCAGCAGAAGCUGGCAAAAUAGGAACUAUGUUCAGCAAGUUACUAUUCUCAUCAUAGAUGAAAUUCAUCUGCUUGGGGAAGAAAGAGGUCCUGUUCUAGAAGUCAUUGUAUCUCGAACAAAUUUUAUCUCCUCACACACGGAAAAGCCUGUUAGGAUAGUUGGAUUGUCUACUGCAUUAGCUAAUGCCAGAGACCUUGCUGACUGGCUAAAUAUUAAGCAGAUGGGCUUGUUCAACUUCCGACCAUCAGUACGCCCUGUUCCACUGGAAGUUCACAUUCAAGGCUUUCCAGGUCAACAUUACUGUCCCCGCAUGGCAAGUAUGAACAAGCCUGCAUUUCAGGCAAUUAGAAGUCAUUCUCCAGCCAAACCUGUUUUGAUAUUUGUCUCAUCAAGACGUCAGACUAGACUUACUGCUUUGGAAUUGAUAGCCUUUCUGGCUACUGAAGAAGAUCCAAAGCAAUGGUUGAACAUGGAUGAAAGAGAAAUGGAAAACAUAAUUGGAACAGUACGAGAUUCCAACCUGAAGUUGACACUUGCUUUUGGAAUAGGAAUGCAUCAUGCUGGCCUCCAUGAAAGGGACCGAAAAACAGUAGAGGAACUAUUUGUGAACUGUAAAGUUCAGGUUCUUAUUGCUACAAGCACGUUAGCCUGGGGUGUAAACUUUCCAGCUCAUUUAGUAAUUAUUAAAGGAACAGAAUAUUAUGAUGGAAAAACAAGACGUUAUGUAGAUUUUCCCAUUACAGAUGUGCUCCAGAUGAUGGGAAGGGCUGGGCGCCCUCAGUUUGAUGACCAAGGCAAAGCUGUAAUUCUGGUUCAUGAUAUUAAAAAAGACUUUUACAAAAAAUUUCUGUAUGAACCUUUCCCAGUAGAAUCAAGCUUAUUAGGAGUGCUAUCUGACCAUUUAAAUGCAGAGAUCGCUGGUGGUACAAUAACAUCUAAGCAAGAUGCAAUGGACUAUAUCACCUGGACUUACUUUUUCCGACGUCUUAUCAUGAACCCCAGCUACUACAAUUUAGGUGAUGUGAGCCAUGAUUCUGUAAACAAGUUUCUGUCCCAUCUUAUUGAAAAGUCCCUGGUUGAGUUGGAACUUUCCUACUGUAUUGAAAUUGGAGAGGAUAAUCGGAGCAUUGAGCCUCUCACAUACGGCCGAAUUGCCUCCUAUUACUAUUUGAAGCACCAAACCGUUAAAAUGUUCAAGGACCGUUUGAAACCUGAAUGCACUAUUGAAGAAUUGCUGUCAAUUCUGAGUGAUGCAGAAGAAUACACAGAUUUGCCAGUAAGACACAAUGAAGAUCAUAUGAACAGUGAAUUGGCAAAAUGUCUUCCUGUUGAAUUAAAUCCCCAUUCAUUUGACAGCCCUCACACCAAAGCCCAUCUCCUGCUUCAGGCGCACCUCAGUCGAGCCAUGCUGCCCUGCCCAGAUUAUGACACUGACACCAAAACAGUCUUGGACCAAGCUCUCAGAGUAUGUCAGGCAAUGCUGGAUGUGGCUGCAAACCAAGGUUGGCUGGUGACUGCCCUGAAUAUCACCAACCUGGUUCAGAUGUUGAUCCAGGGUAGGUGGUUAAAAGAUUCUUCUCUUCUUACACUACCAAACAUAGAACAGCACCAUCUUCACCUUUUCAGGAAAUGGAAACCAGUUAUAAAGUGCUCACGUGCUAGGUGCCGAACCUCCAUUGAGUGCCUUCCUGAACUGAUUCAUGCCUGUGGAGGGAAAGACCAUAUAUUCAGCUCCAUGGUCGAGAAGGAGCUACAGGCCACCAAAACAAAGCAGGCAUGGAAUUUUUUAUCUCGUUUGCCAGUGAUAGAUGUUGGCAUAAGUGUUAAAGGCUCAUGGGAUGACUUAGCUGAAGGACACAAUGAACUCUCUGUCUCAACUCUGACUGCAGACAAACGAGAUGACAACAAAUGGAUCAAAUUGCAUGCUGAUCAGGAGUAUGUGCUCCAAGUCAGCUUGCAGAGAGUCCACUUUGGGUUCCACAAGGGAAAGCAAGAGAGCUCUGCAGUUACCCCUCGAUUUCCCAAAUCAAAAGAUGAAGGAUGGUUCUUGAUUUUAGGAGAAGUGGACAAGAGAGAACUUAUUGCUUUAAAACGAGUAGGAUAUGUUCGAAAUCAUCACAUUGCUUCCCUUUCUUUUUUCACCCCUGAAAUACCCGGAAGGUAUAUCUUCACUCUCUAUCUCAUGAGUGACUGCUACCUUGGUCUGGACCAGCAGUAUGACAUUUACCUCAACGUCACACAAGCAAGCAUUUCCAUGCAGGUCAACACAGAGGUCUCUGAUGCCUUCACUGACCUGGCAAUAAAAUAACCUGACCCAAACAAUGCAUUUGAAAGAAUUUGUUAAUGAAUCUGGCUGUUCAGUCAUCUGGACAAAGUUGAAUUACUUGAUGUUUGCCUUGACAGAAUCAACUCCUAACCUCAAGACAUCCAGGAAAUUAACAGUGGCUACAGUAUUGACUCCAGCGACACCAAGUUAGCCACAGUGGCCUUUUAACAAGUGUUGCCUUUUAUAAUAUUGUCUUCUUUCUUUACAUGUAAAAUGAAUGAGCAUGUAGAAUAAUCUUAUAAUUUGUGUAUAUGUGAGGUUAUAUGAGUUAUCAAUCAAAUUUUACAUCUCAUAAUGUACUGUUUACAUGAAUACUGGUUUUUCCUUUUUUUAAGACAAACUACAUUGAGGUGUGACCAUGUUAGGAUUUUAACUCUGCAUCAUAAAAUGUAUAAAUCUAUGAGGUGAUAUACAGUGUGUCUUGUGAGCAAAAUUUAUACUUUGAUCUGAUCACAAUGAAAUGAUUUCAAGAAUUUCUUAUAAAUAUUAAUAAUAUAUGAUGUAAAAUUAUAUUACAGAGUCCAAUGACAAUUAAAAAAAGAGAAAAGAAUAUACUGAUCUUAGAAAAGGUAGAUAUAAUACUGGUGGAAAUAAAAUAUAUGGAGUGCCACUUUAAGACAA